AUGCUUUCAUGGAGCCCUUUAGACUUAUUUUGCGACUUAUCGUGCAAAAUAUAUUUUCUACUUGUAGGUGCUUGUUCUGCCUUAAAACUAACAGUGCCGUCUCAUACUAUCCAUGGUAUUGAGGGGCAACCACUCCAUCUUAUUGUUAACUAUAAUUUCAGCACUACAGCUUCUGAAGUCCAGAUUAUUUGGCUGUUUGAAAGGCCUCAAACUAAUCCAAAAUACUUGCUCGGCUCUGUAAAUCGGACAGUGGUUCCAGACUUGGAAUAUCAGCACAAAUUUACCCUCAUACCACCGAAUGCAUCUCUGGUGAUCAAUCCAUUACAUUUCAGUGAUGAGGGCARUUACAUUGUAAAGGUCAAUGUCCGUGGGAAUAGGACAAUAGCUGCCAGUCAAAAGAUUCAAGUAGCCGUUGAUGUUCCUGUCACAAAGCCAAUUCUACAUACAGAACCGUCUUCAGGGGUAGUGGAGUAUGUAGGAAAUAUAACAUUAAAAUGCACUGUGGGAAAAGGUACAAGAGUAGCCUACCAGUGGAUGAAAAAUGGCAAGCCUCUCCAUGCUGGCCCUAAUUACACCUUCUCAUCAAACAAUGCUACGCUUUUAAUUCUUCCUGUUGUAAAAGAAGACAUUGGGAAUUACAGCUGUUUGGUAUCCAAUCCUGUCAGUGCAAUGGAAAGUGAGAUCAUUGCACCAACCAUAUAUUAUGGGCCUUACGGACUCCGAGUUAAAUCAGAUAAAGGUCUGAAGGUAGGGGCAGUGUUUACAGUUGACAUAGGGGAAGCUGUACUGUUUGACUGCUCAGCAGACUCAAAUCCACCAAAUACUUAUUCGUGGAUUCAGAGGGCUGACAAUACCACCCAUGUCAUCAAAUACGGACCCUAUCUGGAAGUGACAUCUGAUAAAGUGGCCCAGAGGACACUAGAUUACAUGUGCUGUGCGUUCAACAACGUGACUGGAAAACGAGACGAAGCUCACUUCACUGUGAUCGUUACCUCUGWAGGAUURGAGAAGCUGGCCCAGAAAGGAAAAUCUUUGUCAUCUCUUGCAGUAAUAACUGGAAUUUCAUUACUUUUGAUCCUAGUUAUGGCCUUUCUAUUCAUAUGGAAAAGAUAUCAGCCAUAUAAAGUGAUACAACAGAAGCUGCACAGCAGGCCAGAGACUGAUUACAGAAAGGCACAAACAUAUGCAGGGCAUGAAAGUGCUUCAGAUGACUUUGGAAUAUACGAAUUUGUUGCUAUUCCUGAUCUUGCUGGUGGAUCUAGGGUUUCAAGUCAGACUGUUCCUGGCUCUGACUUCAUCUCAGGCCAGGAUAUGCUUAGUACAGUUUAUGAAGUUAUUGAGCAUAUUCCUGAGCAGCAGCAGCAAGUGCACUAA